AUGCCACGAGCUCGACAAAGUGAACGAGUUGUUCUUGUCCAAACUGAUGGUCAUGGUAAUGUCUUAGAUUAUGAUGUUGUUGACCGUCCAAAUCGAUCAUUUGUUGUGGACAAGUCUUCAUCAGUAAAUCGUUCGCAACCAAUAAAACGAUCAUCAAAAGUUAUUCAAGUAGAAACAAAUGACCAAGAAGAUAAUUAUGACGAUGAAGACAAUGAUAAUGAUUUUGAAGACAGUAGAGGAAAUUCAUCUUUUUCCACUGUACCCCCUAGAAAAACACGUCGAGAUACUACUGCAGAAACAACAUCAACACUACGUCGAGUUCGUUAUGUUCGACCGAAAUCAACUGUUAAAAUUUUUCAAGAAAAAGUUGAUUGGAAUGCAAAUCCAAAAAUUGAUGCCCGUAACGAUGAAGCCAUGGAAAAAAUUAUUAAUGCACCAAAGAAAAAGAUAUAUGAUGAAACACCAUCAUGGAGUGGAAAACCAAAAAUUGAUUCACAUAAUGAAGAAGUUGUCGAAAGUAUUCGUCGAGCACCGAAACCUGAAAUAUUUGAUCAAAAACCUACAUGGAGUCGAAAACCAAAAAUUGAUUCACAUAAUGAAGAAGUUGUCGAAAAUAUUCUUCGAGCACCGAAACCUCAAAUCUAUGAGGAAAAAAUAAAAUGGCAAGCAGAUCCAAAAAUUGAUUCUCACAAUGAAGAAGCUAUUGAGCGAAUUAAAAGUGCACCAAAACCUAUUAUUUAUGAUGAAAAACUUACAUGGCCAACUGUUCAUAGAACUGAUCAUUAUAAUGAACAAUAUGUUAAACACAAAGAACGUGAAAAAGUUCAACAAAAAGAAAAAUUUUACGUUCAAAGUAUUCCACAAGAACGCAAACCGAAAAAUCAUAAACCUCGUAUUGAUCAUAAAAAUCCAGACUUUGAUGAACAUAUAAAACGGCAAAAAUCAGCGAAAUUACCUCCAAUUGAAUCGAGAAAACUUGAAUGGCAAAAAAGACCACGUAUUAAUCAAAGAAACGAUGAUUAUAUUGAACGUAUGCGACAAAAACGAUCAAUACCUUUGAUUUAUCAAGAAAAACUUAAAUGGAUUACAAAAUCACCAAAAAUUAAUGCUCGUAAUGAAGAAUAUCUAGAGAACUUAAAAGAACAAUCAAGACCGAGAAUUGUUAAUCAAUUACCUCGUUGGAAAUCUCAAGCAAAAAUUGAUGCAUAUAAUGAUUCUUACGAUCCAGAUUCAUAUAUUGCACCAAUGGUUUUUAAUGAAAAACUUCGAUGGCAUGCAAGACCAAAAAUCGACUCCGGUCUUGAACCAGAUCCUAACGAAGAACAGUAUGUUGAUUAUGGUUUGACAGCUUGA